ACGAGGUCAGUGGGUCGACGGCCUGCAGGAGGAUGCUAAACUCGCGCGCACAAUGACACAAAGAGAGAGUAGCAGGGAAAACCCUUAAGACUUUUUACGACAGCAGCGUAAUAAUCUUCAGCAAGGCGUUGAUCGAGACGGACGUAAUAUGCGGUGGCCGUUGAUUGCGUUGCUCCUCUCGGUCUUAGGUUGCGUCUCGGCAGACAACGUGACCACCACCACAGAGUCUUCGAGGGUAGACAAAGUGAUGAAGGCGCCCUUCCCGUCAGGAAUGUACAAUCCCUCAGGUUCCCAGCAACACCUGAAUCGGGACCGAGGCGAGGUGAGUGAAACCGACCUGUACCUUCUCGGCGCCAUCGAAAAGCUCACCUACCGCCUCGACUUUAUUGAAAAGAGGCUGCGGCGCACAGAGGACCUCCUUUACCAUGUAAUGGCCGGACAGAACAACGCUGCCCACAAACAACCUGGUGAAAAGGCGGACGCGUGUCCAGCGAAUUUCACACGGGCGGCCGGUGGCUGCUAUUUCUUCAGCACCGACCCGCUGCCAGGACAGAGAAGGGGCAGCGCCAUGGGCAACUGGAAGGCAGCGGCUGCGGCUUGUAAAGCGCUGGGACAGGGCGCCGCAUUGGUUGAACUCGAGUCGGUGGAAGAAACACAAGAUAUUGUCACACACCUCAAGGCGGACCCAAAAAUCAGAGAUAAGAGUUACUGGACGGGAGGUUUGAACCCUGGCCUGUUGUGGAUUUGGGCCGACAGCGGACGUCCGGUAUCGGCCAACGGCGGUCACAAGAAGCCUGGUGGCGGGAAAAAACAGGAAAUCCGAGGCAAUGGCCGCUGCCUGCUGUUGGGCUACGACCCUGGCUUCCGAGGCUACAACUUGGUGGGCGCCGACUGUUCCGCUGUCCAGCACUUCAUCUGCGAGGCCGAGGACAACAACACGGGACAGGCGCUCGAUCGAAUUCAACGCAACCUCAGACUGUUUGGAAACACGACUGCUCAUUCAUAAUCAUUAAAUUUAAGCUCAUUUAAGUUCAUUUGUUUUUAUUCUAGUAGUAAUUCUGAUGAUUAAUGGUCAUUAUAAAAUGAUCGAUUAACAAGUUAAAAUGAAUUAACGUUUGCCGGGAACGCUAAAAUAGUUUUUUCACUGUAAAAACAGACUUUGAAUGCUAGGGGGUGUCCUUCAUCGCGUAGUUGCCAAUCUUGUGCACU